CGCCAUGCUUUCUUGGGACUAAGAAAACUCUUUUCUUUCCUUCUAGACAAUGGAAACCAAAAAAUCAUUAGAGAAGAAAGACAAAGAAAUGAGUCUUCUCAUCCAUCUCCUUCAACCUUGAUUUCCAAAUACAAAUGGCUCUUCCUAGUAGACUCAUUCAAUGCUGAACCACACGCCGAUCAGACUCCAUUAAACACCCUCUUUAUUUCUCACCACCAUCACCUCCCUUCCUCACUCAAAAAAAAUCAUCAACCCCCUUCUCCCUCUCUCUCUUCUUUCGCCACUUGUCCCCAAUUUUCUUCCUUUCCUACCCAUUUCCCCACCUCCUCCUUUUCUCUAAUUUGUAUCAUUUUACCUAUUCAUGCCACUAAUUUAAUUGCCACUGCCUUCGUGCAGAGUGCUUAUAAGAGGGCUUCCAUCCUGCAUGCCCACCAAGUGUUUGAUCCUUUGUCUGACUCUAAAUUGAGAUUCUACCUUCUAAAUUCUUGCUUCUCUUUUUGUUUUUGGCUGUUGGGUUGGACAAAAUGAGCUAUGCUGGAAUCGGUAUUAGUCCAGGGAAUGUCCCUGUGUAUCAUGGCUCCAAUUUGAAGGUCUUUGAUAAGAGGGUGAGGGUGGUUGAAUUGGUGUUGCGGUUUCUGAUUUGUGGCCUUGGUGUUCUUGCUGCUGUUCUUGUGGGGACUGAUACUGAAGUUAAAACUAUAUUUACCAUUCGAAAGAGGGCCACAUUCACAGAUAUGAAAGCUCUUGUGUUUUUGGUGGUAGCAAAUGCUGUAGCAGCCGCUUACUCUUUGGUGCAAGGAUUGCGAUGUGUGGUGUGCAUGGUGAGGGGAAAAGUGCUCUUCAGCAAGCCUUUAGCUUGGAUUAUUUUCUCUGGCGAUCAGAUUAUGGCGUAUGUCACAGUGGCAGCAGUGGCAUCGGCAGCCCAGUCAGCAGUGUUUGGGAAGCUGGGGCAGCCAGAGUUGCAAUGGAUGAAGAUAUGCGAUCUGUACAAGAAGUUCUGCAACCAAGUAGGGGAGGGACUUGCAAGUGCAGUGGUGGUCAGCUUGAGCAUGGUGGUUUUAUCUUGCAUUUCAGCCUCCAGUCUCUUCCGCCUCUACAAUGGAGGCAAGAACAAGAGCAACUCAAGAUGGUAAGCCUUUAGAGUUCACAAGUGAAACAUUCGAACCUCCGUAGCCUGAUCCCCACUCUGAGCUUUCUGUGAGGAAAUGUUGGGAUUUUCAGUGAUUCUGGUUCAAAGAAAUGCAUGUUAAAAGUGUCCAAUUCUCAUGAAAAACAAUGGUACAUCCUUCUUUAGUAAUAAAUUUAUAAGUUGAGGAAUAGACUUGUAUUUAUGAGAAUUUUGACCUCCUUCGAAAAAAAUGCAAGUAUGUAGCUGAAGAUAAAUGUGGGUCAAAAUCAAA